AUGGCUUCUGUUUAUAAGUCAUUAUCAAAGACCACCGGUCACAAAGAAGACGGUCCUGCAAAUGGGGUUAAGAAAAAUAAGCAAAGAGUUUUGAUCUUGUCUUCAAGAGGAAUUACUUACAGACAUCGACAUCUACUCAAUGACCUUGCGUCCCUUCUUCCUCACGGUAAAAAAGAUGCGAAACUCGAUACCAAGUCGAAGCUUUAUCAAUUGAACGAAUUGGCCGAAUUAUAUAAUUGCAAUAAUGUAUUUUUCUUCGAGGCAAGAAAAGGAAAGGAUCUUUACCUGUGGAUGAGCAAGGCGCCCAACGGACCUACCGUUAAAAUGCAUAUGCAGAAUUUACACACCAUGGAGGAACUCCAUUUCACCGGAAACUGUCUCAAAGGCUCCCGACCCAUCCUUUCUUUCGAUGCCUCUUUUGACAAGGAACCUCAUCUCCGCGUUCUGAAAGAACUUUUCCUUCAUAUCUUCGGUGUACCAAAGGGUGCAAGAAAAUCGAAACCUUUUAUUGACCAUGUUAUGGGAUUCACUUUGGCAGAUGGCAAGAUCUGGAUUCGAAACUAUCAAAUCAGCGAGGCGGAGCCAUCGAAAGUGAAGGGCGCUGAAGAAGAAACUUCCACGAAAUCUAAAUCGAAGAGCUCGGGAGCCAGCGAGACGGAAUGCAACUUGGUGGAGAUUGGACCAAGAUUCGUGUUGACACCCAUUGUCAUUCAAGAGGGAAGUUUUGGUGGACCAAUCAUCUACGAGAACAAGGAGUUCGUGUCGCCCAACCAAGUCAGAAGCGAGAUCAGAAAGAAGAAGGCAGGAAGAUAUAAUGCGAGGGCUGAACAGGGUAUUGAGAGACUGGCAAAGAAGGGAGAAUUGGGACUCAGAACGAGUGGAGGAAGACAGGCGCCAAAGGAUGCCCUGGAUAAUGCCGAGUUGUUUGCUUAG